UGGCGGUCUAUAUAUGCGGGUGGGUAUAGCAUAAUUAAAGAAGAAAAGGAAAUUAAAUUGAAGGCACACAAAGAGAGGGAGAGAGAGAGAGAGAGAAUAGAAGAUCGAAUUGAAGUGAUUAAAGUAGGGAAGGAUGGAAGAUGGUGAGAGGAUUGGAUCAUUGACGAGAAUAGCUCCAGUGGAUAUCGGGGAUGAGACGCCGGCACAAGUGCAGGCUUUUGGAGGUAUUAGCGUGGAAGGAGAUUCAUCUUUGGAGAGAAACCCGUCCUACAAGGAGUUGGCUCCACUAGAUUCGUGCCUCCCCAUUACCGAAUCCAGAAAUGGCAACUUUUUCACCAUCACCUCACAUAUGCUCUCAUCUGGAAUUGGACUCCAGGCCCUCCUUCUCCCAGUUGCAUUCACCUCCCUUGGUUGGGUUUGGGGUAUUAUCUGUCUGUCGUUGCUAUUUGUAUGGCAACUGUAUACCAUAUGGUUGUUGGUGGAUCUUCACGAAUCGACGACCACAGGGACUCGCUUCAGCAGAUACACCCAUCUCGCAAUUGUAGCUUUUGGUGGAAAAAUGGGCAAGUUGGCAGCUAUAUUCCCAACAAUGUAUUUAUCGGGAGGGGCGUGCGUGUUGCUAAUAAUCAACGGGGGAGGGAGCCUUCAGCUCUUCUACAAAACCAUGUGCGGAGGUGAUCCCAAAUGCCACGACAAAGGACUUACUGGCGCUGAAUGGUUCUUGGUGUUUCUUUGCAUUGCCAUCUUGAUUGCCCUCUUCUUUCCCAACUUGAAUUCCUUGGCUUGGGUUUCUCUCGUCGGUUCACUCAUGGGUAUUGCCUACUGUACUAUACUCUGGACUUUAUCCCUCACCAAAGGCAGGCCGCCGCAAGGAGUUACCUACGAUCCACCUCAGCUUUCUACUUCAAAGCUGGACAGGUUCCGGGACAUCGCAAAUGCUCUUGCGCUCAUCUCCCUUGCAUUUAGAGGUCACAAUAUCAUCCUAGAGAUACAGGGGACAUUGCCUUCAAAUUCAAAAGUUCCAUUGCGCCGCCGCAUGUGGAGAGGAGUAAUUGCAUCAUAUCUACUCAUAGCAUUAUGUCAUUUUCCGCUGGCCAUUGCGGGGUAUUGGGCUUAUGGCAACCUGAUGCCGACAUCAUAUCAAAAAGGAGGAAUAUUAAAUGCAUUUGAAAAGUUCCACCAACAUGACAUAUCGAAAUCCUUAAUGGGUGCGAUAUACAUGAUCAUCAUCAUUGCCUGCUUGUGCACCUACCAAAUCUACGCAUUGCCGGUGUUGGACAACUGGGAAAGAAUAUACUUGAGCAAGAAAAAGAUGAGCUGCCCAAAGUGGGUGCGAAUAGGUCUCAAAGUUUUGUUUGGUGGAUUGACCUACUUAGUAUCAGUAGCUUUCCCGUUCUUGGGAAGUUUGGCAGGCUUCAUUGGCUCCAUCGCACUGCCACUUACUUUGGCUUAUCCAUGUUUUAUGUGGAUUGCCAUGAAAAAACCUCGUCCCUACAGCUUAGUGUGGUGCGUCAACAUGGGUCUAGGUUGUUUAGGCAUGUUGAUGUGUACGGUAUUGGCGACUGCAACAUUGUGGAAUUUGAUAGGUAAUGGCUUGCACGCUAAUUUUUUUAAUCCUUAAUUGAAGCAUGCAUGUUGGAUUGUUAAUUAUUAAUGUGUAUGCAUACAUACAUACAUAGGUAUGAGUGGUAGCUACAUAGAAUUGAAGGGGCAUACAUUGUAACCAUCUAUUAGUGACCAUGUCCACUUUAAAAUGCACAAUUAUUAAAGUAUGUAAAAAUGGAGGAAAAUGUGUGUAACUUCCCAACGCAUGUAAAAAUAACAAUCAUAUGUCUAUUUUAAUUUCAAAAAGAAAUUUUGAUGGAGA